AUAUUGAACAAUUACGGAAUAUACAAUUUUAUUUAUUUAACAUGGUAUCAGAGCUUUUCCUCUCCGCUCCGCUCUAACACUCUCCCUCUCCCUUACCAGUCGUCUCCUGGUUUUCAAGAGCUUGCCAUCUUCAUCUCCGCAAAGCAUUUUCUUCGAUCUCUGUGUCAUCUUAGCUCAUUCGCUUCAGAGGACUCCAUCAUCGUGAUCGCAGUCAAACUCUUCUGCAGAUCCAGAAAGUUGCUCAUUCUUGCAACUUUUCAUCCUCUCGUGACUCUCGCUUGUGAUUUUGCCGUCUUUCGCGCUCUCUUUUAGACUCUCUUUUGCAUUGUCUACGGUUGUUGCAUUUUGAGGAAGGCCAUGCACGCCAUCAAGGGCUUCUUGUCUGAACUCUGACGAAUUUUAUCCAACUCCGGUGAAGAGUCUGCCGUCGAUAUGGAUGAUUUCAGACAGAGGGAGAAGAGGACGGCUUUGCGGAAGUUGAGGCGAACGCGUGACUAUUCUACUGGGCUCGUUGAUCAGGAAGAGGCUUCAAGCUUGGGCUCUCGAUUGACAGAACCCUUUCUACUAAAUGUUCUGCAAAUGUAUGGAACGCGAAGAGCUUGGGCAUUCUCUUUCUCCUUUUGUGGGACUCGAAGAUUGGAAUUGACAUGGUUGAAGCUUGUAAUUCCUUCUUGUCCAGGACUAAGCAAUUUUCUUCUUCGGCAUGUCAUCGCAUAACAUUGUUGUCUUCCUCGCCUGCUCUGCGCAUCGUCAUCUCCUCCCACAGAUCAUCAACAUCUCAAUGGAGUUUUUUUUUCAUCAUUUUUUUACCGAAGGGAAUGGUUCUUCUUCGCCGGCACGUCUCGCCUGCUCUAUGCAUCGGCAUCUCCUUCUGCGAAUCAUCUCUGUCGCCCUUGCCUUCUCCUUAUUGCAGGUUCUCGUCGCCAAGUCCUGAAAUCUGAGAUUUCAGUUGCUGUUGUCAUGCUUCUCAUCAAUGGAAGUUUUUUUUUACUCCAAGAUGGAGAUGUUAAAUCUUUAUUCAUCAUCUCCGCGUAUUAACAAUGUUGUAUUCUUGAGUUGUUAGUUUAGUUUUUAAUUCAGUUAUGGGUCAUUGUAUGUAUAUGUCCUUGUAAUCUUCUUUUUGUAUAUUGAACAAUUCCGAAAUAUACAAUUCAAUUAUUUUGGGUU